AAUACCUCGCGGCUAUUGGUUUAGAUAACUCGUGUAAACACCCCUACCACCGCGAGAUGUAUUUCCACGAAAAACUCGAUCAGCUGUUUUACUAUCGCUCUCAGUUUACAACUUAGUUAAGCAGAAUAAUGACAGAAAACGGGCCUCCCGAGACGAGGGUUAUUGCCGAAAAUAAUCUAGAAAGCGAUAAUUACGAUGGGGUUAUCCUGGUAUCACAUCCCGGUCAAGAAAUCCAAACGGAAAAAUUAAAAACCGCCGUAGAAACAGCCCUUAAAUACGACCCAUCGUUAAAAACCGAAAUUGUUAUCCUUCCUCUAAGUUAUCCUGCAGGAAGAUUGGUGCAUGUUCCUACAGGUCCUUUGGAUCCUGACUACGAUGACGUCAGGGUUUUUAAGGAGUGCGCGCGCAAAGGAAUUAAAAGGGCCCUAAAGGCUGGAAUGAGGAGACCUCUUUUGGUCCUGGAGGAUAAUUCGACUUUUAUUAAUGCCGAUCUCGUCACCCUAUUGGGGGCUUUGGAAGCUUUAUAUACGCCCAUUCAAGUAAGGGAACACAACCCAUGCCUUAAACAAAAAGUGACCCACCUGGGGGUCUACACAAAGGAUCCUAAAAAAACCGAAAGCCUAGUAAACAUGGCGAACGUCCUUGAAGCAGGACGGCGCGUCGCCUGCGACAUCGGCGACGCUGAUCCUGAAAGGAUGUCGCCUCCGAACGUCGAGGCCUACUUAACCAGCGUAUUUAAGGACACCUGUGUAUCGAUGAACGUUGUCAAGGAUUUGAACGAGAUCGAAAAGGAUUAUCCUUUGUUCGAGGCUGUCAAUAGGGCGGCUAAGCAGCAGGAGAGGCAUCAAGGAAGGAUUGUUUUCCUGGAGUAUAAUCCUGCUGGACCUGGACCUGUUAAGGAAACUGUCUACUUGGUCGGAAAGGGGGUGACCUAUGACACCGGCGGCGCCGACAUCAAAGUGGGCGGCAGCAUGCUGGGCAUGUCGCGCGACAAAUGCGGGGCAGCGGCUGUGGCGGGUUUCAUGUGCACCGUGGCGAAAUUGCAGCCGCAAGACGUGAAAUUUGUGGCCGGGUUGAGUUUGGUGAGGAACAGCGUGGGGUCGAACUCUUACGUGGCGGACGAAGUUAUCACCGCCAGGUCCGGCGCGAGGGUCAGGAUCAUCAACACAGACGCCGAAGGACGAAUGGUGAUGGCCGAUGUCCUUUGCAAGUUUAAAGAAGCCGCCCUGGAUGCAGUCAAUCCGCAUCUUUUCACUGUGGCCACUUUGACAGGGCAUGCAGUUAGAACCGUUGGUGAUGGAUACUCAAUCAUCAUCGAUAACGGACCGGCUCGUAAGGAAGGUAACGCCCAAAAAAUGCAAAUCGCAUCCGAUUUGAUUGGGGACCCCAUCGAAAUCUCCACCUUACGUAGAGAGGACAUUUCCAAUCACAAAGGACAGGCUGAAGGGGACGAUGUCGUCCAAGGACAAGCUAAACCAUCCACCAUGUCUAACAGAGGACAUCAAGGUCCCAUGGCAUUUUUACUGAUGGCUUCAGGUUUAGAUAAACAUGGUUCUGGCAGUGAGAAACCUUUAAAAUACAGUCAUUUGGAUAUUGCUGCUUCAGCAGGAGAUUGUCCAAAUCCUGCUACUGGAGCUCCUAUUUUAGCAUUGGCUAAAAAUUACUUAUUCGUAAAAUAAAAUAUUUUAAAAAUGUCGCACAUAUUUAUAAUUUUAUCCCAUGUUUACGCUUAAUUUUUAUAUAUUUUAAUUUAUGCUUAAAACUAAUAAACUAUAUAAUUUUA